CACAUCGCCUGAGCAUUGCAUCCAGUUCGCCAUUGCGAGGCCCUGAGCCUCUGUCUCCUCGCAAUGCCUUCUCCAAUAUGUCUCCGUAGCUUGUCCCAGCUAUCCCUGGACAGAGCCGCCAACGUCUCCAUUACCUCUCGAACGCUGCUCGCUCCCCAGACAGCAUGCUUUUCCACGUCCGCCGCGCGAUAUGCAGCCCCACCUUCGAAGAGGAAGGGCAUGGUGGCACCGCCAAAAAGAGGAGAAAGGACACUGAACGUCAAGAAGGGCAGGAAAGCUCCCAGCGCGGACACGGGCAAGCGGCCAGCCCCAGGAGACCGAAAAGCGAUGCGAAAGCGAAUUGUCCUAACCAACGACAACGCAUUGGAAGUCUCGUCACUGAAGGACUUGGACAAGGCGACCGCUUUGAGCGAGAAGAACGAAGGCCAAGUUAGAGGUCUUCCGGAACAAGUUGUGGACGCGCUUCGAGCUGUGGAGGCUUUCAAGACGACGCAGGGAUGGAGUCUCUUCCGGCGACCAGCGACGCUGAUGCGGAAGGAAACAAUACAGCUCGCGAAACUGCUGAAAGAGGUGGAAGACCCCGUAGACGGACAGCAAAAGAAGACGCUACGCCGGGUCUUGAGUGGAGACAGGAUGAGCGGAAAGAGCACACUGCUUCUCCAAGGACUGGCCAUGGCCUUCCUCCGGGACUGGGUCGUCAUCAACCUCCCCGAAGCGCAAGACAUAACCAACGCCCACACCGACUACGCGCCACUCCCCUCCUCCCAAACCCAACAAUACACCCAAGACACCUACACCGCGACCCUCCUCUCGCAAAUCCUCAAGGCAAACCUCAAGUUCCUCGAAGCCACACCCGUAACCACCAACCCCCCGCUCCCCCUCCCUCUCCCCGCAAAACCGACGUUGAAACACCUCGCCGAGCUCGGCAUAGCCAACCCAGAAGCCUCAUGGCCCGUCUUCGUCGCUCUAUGGCAAGAACUCACCCAGCCCGGCCAUCCGCCCAUCAUGCUCGCCAUAGACGGCCUAUCCCACAUCAUGCGCAACUCAGAGUACCUCUCCGCGGACGUGAAGCCCAUCCACGCCCACGACCUCACGCUAAUCCGGCACUUCGUCGACCACCUCUCAGGCGCAAAGCCGCUCCCCAACGGCGGCAUCGUCCUCGCGGCGACGUCGCAGUCCAACGCGCCCACGUCCCCCGCGCUCGACUACUGCGUCCAAGUCGCCGAAGCCAUGCAGUCGCACCCGGACAACAUCCCGCACUGGAACCCGUACAAGAACGUGGAUCAGCGCGCCAUGGACGUCCUCAAGGACCUGCUCGUCCCCGGAAGCGGUGGUGCGAAGGGGCUGGACGUGAUCAGAGUGGGUGGGCUGAGUAAGCAGGAAGCGCGCUCGAUUAUGGAGUAUUAUGCUGAGAGCGGCAUGCUGAGGGCGAAGGUGGAUGAUGGGUUUGUGAGCGAGAAGUGGAGUCUGGCGGGGAUGGGGAAUAUUGGGGAGUUGGAGCGGGUGAGUGUGAGGUUGAGGAUAUAGACAAGGGUGUUUGCUGCGUGGAGUGGAAGCGAAGACGUGUAUAUGCUGUGCGGUUUGUAGGAAUAGCGUGCUUGCUUGCUAUGUAUAUUUGUAAGAAAUACUGC